UUAAAUGUUUAUGUUGUGAUCUGGAAUUCUGUAUAGACCAAUCAGAUGUAUUUGUUUGAUAAGUUUUAUUUGAAUUUUAUACUCAGCCAAUCAUUAUUUGUUAUUUGUUUAUGCCCGCGAAAUCGCGGGUUAUGUGAAGGUUCCAUCUCCUCAGAGAGAAGUCUCAUCAGUCCGAGUUAGCACUGGAGAAAGAGAGGAUAUACUUUGCUGUCUGUAGUUUGUGGAGACAAGUUCAUAGGCCCACUUACUCCGUAACAUCGGCGCAUCGUACUUGUUUACUCCUCAGGUUUAUUUUCUCUUCUAAGUUAUCGGUCAAGUCCUGGUCAGAUUUUCCGCUAGCUAUUUGUCGGUGCUAUUUUGUAGCUGAAGCUAUCCUGACCUGGAUGCUAGCUGACUUAACUCCUGUUGCAUUCUCCUUCGGAGACGGACUCGAUUUGUGCUUCGGUGCUGAGCCCACCGGAGUGCCAACCACCAACUACCCGCUGCUGCUGUUGAGGUUUGCCGGCUGACUGCAGCAACAUCCUCCACCGGAGUCGCAUCCUCGGCUAGCUUGGACAUUGCUGCCUCCCAUCCUCUGAGUCAGGACUGAGCGGAAUCUCCCGGUUCUGAGUGAUCGGUCAAUGGCUCAUGAGUUGGGGAUGGAGGUGGUGAAGAGUGUCCAGAUCACGCUCUACCUCCUGACCAUCAUCCUGGGCAGUGCGGGGAACUCCGUGGUCAUCUGGAUGGUCGGCGUGCGAAUGAAGCCGGCCGCUACCAACGUGUGGCUGGUGAACCUGGCGGUGGCUGACCUGGUGUUCUGCAUCUCGCGCGUCCUCACCGUCAUCUCGCUCGGCCUCCGCCAGUGGUCGUUCGGGGUUCAGCUGUGCCAGGUGAACGGCCUGCUCAAGUACACAAACAUGUUCUGCAGCGUCUUCCUCCUGGUGGUCAUCAGCGUGGACAGGGCCCUGUGCAUCUGGCGCCCUCUACGGGCCAAGAUCAUGCGCACCGUUUCCCUGUCCCGGGCGGUCAGUGCGGGUGUUUGGGUGGCGGCGCUGGCCUUGAGCUUGCCGUACGCCAUUAACCGCACCACUGGGCUGGACGCAUACAACAACACCAAGUGCACCAUGGAAACCAUGGUGAGUGCCGGAGGUCGGACUGGUCUGUACCUGGUGCGGUUCCUGUUUGGAUUUCUCCUGCCAUUCCUGGUGAUCGCCUGCUGCUACGUGUUGGCCGGGUGGGGCAUCAGGCAGUCGCGCCUGAACAGGAAGAUGAAGAUCCUGCGCAUCCUGGUCCUGCUGGUCUCGGCGUUCUUCCUGUGCUGGGUGCCCUACCACGCCCUGCUCCUGGCCAAGAUGGUCAACAGCAAGAGCCAGUGGGUGAAGCUCGGCCUGCCCGUGGCCACCGGGCUGUCCUACUUCAACAGCUGCGUCAACCCCAUCUUGUAUUUCUGCGUGGGACUGGACCGGCAAAAGAACUUCAAGAGGAGCAUUUCUGGAGCUCUCCGCCGAGCCCUGGAGGACGACGGCAUUGGCCCUGUGACCGAAGGCCAAGAGGCUGAGGGACAGGGGGUGAUUUUACAGCAAAGCACAAAACCCCAGGAUGUUUAAUCCUUGUAUUGUGUUCACAUUUUGCUCCCUUUUGGACUGUUCAGGUCAAUUUGACACAGGACAUUAUUUUGGUAUUUGAAAUCAAUAAAAAUAUCUCAACUUCCAACAAUAACAUAUGACAUGAAUAGUGUUAAUGAAUGUCUGAUAGAUCACUUUUAACAAAGGAAGUGACUCUUAGUCUCUUAGUAGCCUAUUCUAUUCCUGAAUUCUGUCCCUUUCAAACUAUGUUAAAAUUGUGUGUUUAGCCGCUAGCAUAAUAAAAUCAAAACACAAAUACAAAAUCUUAUUAGGCUGUAGGUCCAAACCUAGGAGUUUAAGCCUUAGUUAAAAGGUGUAGGUGUAAGGUAAUUAGUCAAACAGCCAUUGCAUUCUGUGUAAUA